CACCAACAUUCAACAUGCAUCACACAUAUAUUUCAUAUUUGACGAGCAUUAUCAUAUAAUCCUAUUCCCAUCAAAUAAUUUCCCCUUCAAAUAAUUUAUCGUACUGAUAAUAAAUUAAUAAUACAACUACCUUACAAAUAUUAUUUAUAAAAUGUCACAUUGCAGCCUCUCCCAUACCACGACCAAACACAUCGUUCCCACCUACUCAAUUGAUCAAUUUUCAUUUUGACCCAACGACUAUUUCUAUAUAUACAUUCAGACCCGCACCACGCCCAACACACACUGACACAGGGGAAGAAAAAAAGGAAUAGUAAAAAAAAAAUUAAAAAAUGGAAGGAAAAAUCUUCUUCCGAUGUCUCUUCUUCACCGCAGCCGCCGCCCUUCUCAUCUCCUUCACCAUCUUCAGCUUUCCCGGUCCCUCAUCCUACCCCCUCCCGUGCGGCCCCAAUUCCGCCUGGUGCGGCUCCAAGAACCGCAUCCUCCGCCGCCCUUCCGCCGCCACCCUCCGCAACGACCACGCCGCCGACGUCCCCCGCCACCCCCUGGACCCGCUCACCGUCCGGGAGAUCGGAAAGGUCCACGAGGUCAUCAAGUCCUUCUUCUCGAAAUCGGCAUACACGGUGCACUCGCUGGUGCUGGAGGAGCCGGACAAGGAGGCGGUGGUCGGGUGGGAGAAGGGGAAGCCGCUGCCCUCGCCGAGGACGGCGUCCGUUAUCGCACGCGCCGCCGGUAAGAACCACAUCCUGACGGUGGAUGUGGAGAGCGGGGAGGUGGUGGAGCACGACGCGAGCCACAUCUCGGGGUUCCCGCUGGUGACGCUGGAGGAUAUGCAGAGCGUGAUUACGGCGCCGCUCGCCAGCGCCCUUUUCAACCGCACGAUUUUGGAGAGAGGGCUUGAUCCGAGCGUCGUCACUUGCUUGCCUUUCUCCCCUGGCUGGUUUGGUAAGGCUGAGGAUGGAAGAAGAUUGGUUAAAUUAGAAUGCUUUCUCGUGGAGGGCACUGCAAACUUCUACAUGAGGCCUAUAGAGGGCAUCAUUAUCAUUACCGACCUCGACACGCAUGAAGUUGUCGAACUUAUCGACACUGGGAAACAUAUCCCUAUCCCUAAAGCCGCGGGCACAGAUUACCGGCUCUCGGCCAUGAACGGGCCAGUUGUCAAGCUCCCUAACCCUGUAUCCAUGGAGCAGCCCAAUGGGCCUAACUUUGUCAUAGAGGAUGACCACCUGGUUAAGUGGGCCAACUGGGAGUUCCACCUGAAGCCCGACCCAAGAGCAGGAGUCGUUAUUUCUCAGGCCAAGAUGCGUGACCCAGAGACCGGGGUUUUGAGGAGCGUGAUGUACCAAGGAUUUGCAUCUGAACUUUUUGUCCCGUAUAUGGACCCUGAGGAAGCAUGGUACUUCAAGACUUACAUGGAUGCCGGUGAAUAUGGGUUCGGGCUUCAGGCUCUGGCCCUUGACCCACUUAAUGACUGCCCAAGAAAUGCAAAGUAUAUGGAUGCCGUAUUUGCUGCUGCCGAUGGCACACCGUAUGUUAGAGAAAACAUGGUUUGCAUAUUUGAGCGGUACGCGGGUGAUACUGCAUGGCGACACACUGAGAGCCCAGUUACUGGAGAAAUGAUUCGAGAGGCGAGGCCGAAGAUUACACUUGUCGCGCGAAUGGUGGCUUCACUUGCAAACUACGACUAUGUUGUCGACUGGGAGUUCCAUGCUGAUGGCCUAAUCCAUGUUAAGGUCGCGCUCACCGGCAUAGUAAUCGUGAAGGGAACCUCGUACGUGAACAUGAACCAGGUGAAGGAAAACGAGGACCUAUAUGGAACCCUCUUGUCGGACAACAUAAUUGGGGUUGUCCACGACCACUACAUCAAUUUCUACCUCGACAUGGACAUCGACGGCCAGGACAACUCGUUUGUGAACGUCCAUCUCAAGAGAGAGUACACAAACGGCGCUUCCCCUAGGAAGAGCUACAUGAAGGUCAACAAGCAAGUGGCGAAAACCGAGAAAGAGGCACAGAUCAAGCUGUCUCUGUACGACCCGUCUGAAUUUCACGUGGUCAACCCCAACAAGAAGACCAAGGUGGGUAAUCCCGUCGGUUACAAGAUUGUGCCAGCUGGCACGGCUGCCAGCUUGCUCGAUCCGGAGGAUACUCCUCAGAAGAGAAGCGCGUUUACGAAUAAUCAAAUCUGGGCCACCCGUUACAAUAAGUCCGAGCAGUGGUCGGGCGGGUUGUUUGCCUACCAAAGUCAUGGUGACGACACGCUUCAAGUAUGGUCCGACAGGGAUCGUCCAAUUGAGAACAAGGAUAUAGUGUUGUGGUACACGUUGGGAUUCCAUCACGUUCCUUGCCAGGAAGAUUUCCCUAUCAUGCCCACUUUGUCGUCGGGUUUCGACCUGAAGCCGGUCAAUUUCUUUGAGAGAAAUCCUGUGCUGAGGGUCGCGCCAUAUGUGGAAAACGAGCUACCGGUUUGCAAAGCUGCGGCUACAGCUUGAGAUACUACAUCGACACAUUUCAGAACUUUACAUGAGCAUUCGGAUGGAUUUAUGCGAUGUAAAAAGGCUGCCGAGCUCUCUCUCAAUUGAAAAACGAAGGGGUGAAGAUAGGCUUCUCUCGUACUCGACUGUCCGCGUCAUUAUAUUUAUAGUUUUGAGUAGUUAAAAUUUAACAGCAUUGUGUAUUUUUCGUGGAUCUUAUGUGAUAAUUUUCCACCAUGGUUUGAGUUGUAAUAUACUCCAGGUAGCAAUAUGAAAUUGUGGUCACCAGUAUAAUGUUUUUGUCUAAUUUAUCACCUCUUUAUUUAAGAAAACCUGUACAGACCAGCAUGAUUUGGAACGACUAAAUAAAGAAUCUCCGUUCUGAUGUCAAAACGAGAAUGAAUUUAUGAAUGUAUCAGUAAAUUAAGAUUUGAAUCUGAAUUUGUACCCGCGUUGAUAAUUCACAUGAAGUGAUGCAUGUCCCAAAAUCGCAAGUUGGCC